AUCUAAUCUGUCGUUUUUUUUUGGGGGGGUUUCCCUUCACGUGACAGGAAUCAUUUUUGGAACGUUAUCAUAACGCACAUCAACCGAGCAGAACGCGUAGUGACUGGAACAAGCUGUGGCGGAAAGUAACCAAGUUGACUCAACUUGAAAACGGCUCUCUUUUUACCUUUCUGCGCCAUCCUUGGUCAAAACAGUAUUGCAGAUAACGACGCGGCGAAGUAAAAGACAUUCAGGGAGCGUUAGUCAACCGCGGCUGUCAUCCCGAUUGAUUGAAAUCAAUUGUCAGUUGUGAAAAGGAAUGUCGUCCAUAAAUUACAACAAAACUUCCGUGUCACUCUUUACGUUUGUCCUGAAGUACAUGAGUUGAAGCUGUGCUUCUACUUUAAUCAGAGUUGAGGUCGUUUGUACCACGACGUGAGUUCAGAAUUUCGGUACUUUUGCCAGCGCUGCUAACAAAUGUGUCAUUUUCUGGUGCUUUCCGAUUUGGAUGUUCCUCAUUUCGCUUGCCUCCUUUCCAUACAGGACAGCUCGCGCAUCAGAAGGUCCGGUCUUUUCUGGUGUCUGCAAAUGGUUUUCCCGCUCCAAAGGCCACGGCUUCAUCAUACCCGCCGACGGGGGCAGCGAAAUCUUUGUCCACAUCUCAGACAUCGAGGGCGAGUACGUGCCAGUGGAAGGCGACGAGGUGAUCUACAAGGUGUGCGCCAUCCCUCCGAAAUUCGAGAAGGUCCAGGCGGUCGAGGUGACCAUCACCCACCUCAAGCCAGGAACCAAACACGAGACCUGGACUGGAAACGUCGUGAACAGCUGAAGGCUGCAUCACGAGUACUGGAUGACGGGGUUAAGAGGCUGAAGCGCGAUUAGUGUCAAUUACAAGGGAAUCAUUGCUCUCUUCUCGUUGAAAGGUCUUCUUUUGCCCGCAGGCAAAUGGACGUCUGUACUGCGCUUUGAAACAAAAACAUUGGUUUUGACAGGUAUAUGAAUAGAGUUACGGGGGACAAAAGGCUUCAACUAUUUCAUGUCACACAUAUAUUUUUGACACUGUGGAAGUGUUACCUCGCGCUUCAUUAUUUGAGAAUGCGUACUGUAUUUCACUUGCAGUUUACCAACUUUCCAAGGUUCAUUAAAGUCACAACUGAAAUCUUGUGGCAAUCAAUUUUGUAUUCAGAUCAGAAUUUCUGGUCCGGAGCCACAAGUUUGUUUUUUUAUUUUAAUCAAGUCAACAAACACUGUGCCUAUUUCUGCCAUCAGAACAUAAACUGCUUCUUGUGCGUAUGAUAAAUUGCUUGUAUUUGAUCAUAUGUGCUUGGAUAUACUGAGUCUAUUAAAGAGUUGUCAGCAUCUAAGG